GGUAACCUCGACAUGAAAAAGAGAAUAAUCGAUUCGUGAGAAAUAUGGAGUAAGGACAACAGCUUUCGAAGUCGUGCAGAGUCAACCCAACAAUUUUCCUGUUUACUAGAUUCUAAUAGCAAAUCAGUCUAACAAUGGGCCAAGGAAGCUCUAGCAGGCACAAAACAACAGAUUUUUCAAAAUCAGAAUCAACCCUUGAAUUUGAACCUGGAAAGAAGCUUAUCUCUCACAGUCAACAAUCUUUUGAAAGGAGCACAGCACCAUUUGAUAGAGAAGUACGGCCACCACCAAGUGUUGUGUCAGAUGAUGAUGAUGAUGACUUCUCAAAGCCUGGAAAGCCAAGAAGAAGGCUGACGGUUCCCACAGUUUUCAGAUGGGAAUAUGGUGGAAAGGAAGUUUACUUGUCUGGUAGUUUUAAUGAAUGGAAGACCAGAAUACCCAUGUCUUACGGUGGUGGAGAAUUUACAGCUAUAAUCGAGCUGUUAGCUGGUGAACAUCAUUUUAAAUUUCUUGUUGAUGGCCACUGGAUACAUGACCCAAAUCAGGCAACUGUGAAUGAUACGUUUGGAGGCCGAAACAACGUUGUUGUCGUAAAAGACUCUGAUUUUGAUGCCGCAGAAGCGUUAGAUGAGGAUGCGGGAAUGCAGAAGGGAAGCUUCGGCUCGCUUAGACAAAUUUCUCCGCCUGGCUCUUACGGUCAACUGAUUCCAUCCCAUCAUACACCGGUUGUCGUUCAUGAUACUUUACAUUCUGCAGUACCUCCCAUGCUUCCACCUCAUCUUUUAAAUGUCAUACUUAACAAGGAGGCCAUCGAUCAGGAGGAUCUUACUUUGCUUCCAGUACCCCAUCACGUCGCUUUAAACCAUCUCUACGCACUUUCGAUCAAGGACGCUGUGAUGACGCUCAGUGCUACGCAUCGCUACCGAAGGAAGUACAUCACGACCGUGCUUUACAAACCUGUAAAAUAGCUUUCUGAGUCCUGAUAUAUUUGUCUGGAGUGCUGUAUUGUAUUGUAUAAUAGAUUACGCUUUCUUUAUCACGUGUUUUAAUACAUAUUCUGAUUAAAAAUUACGAGUUUA